UUGGAGAGAGAGACAGAGAGGCUUUUUACUAAAACUUGUAGCCAUGGCUGAGAAGGAGGGAGGCAUAGUGAAUAAGGGGCAUGAAGAAGGGCUGAAAUUAGCUCUUUCUCUCUUGGAAGAGUUUGAACUGCCUGUUGGCCUCCUCCCGUUGGCCGACGUGAUCGAAGUAGGGUUUGUGCGGGCCACCGGCUACAUGUGGAUCGUGCAAAAGAAGAAGGUGGAGCACCUCUUCAAGAUGGUGAGCAAGCAAGUGAGCUACGACACCGAGAUCACGGGCUAUGUCCAAAAGAAAUGCAUUAAGAAGCUCAAGGGGGUCAAGGCCAAGGAGCUCAUGCUGUGGCCUCCAGUGAACGAGAUCACCGUCAAUAAUCCUCCUACUGGUAAGAUCCAGUUCAAGAGCCUUGCUGGAGUCAAGAAGACAUUCCCGGUCGAGGCGUUUGCGGCCGGACAGUAGUGGUGUCCCCACUCCACCACACCUCUCUCCCUCUCACACACACAGUGCUGUUAAGAUAAUGUAGUUGUUCCCUUGCUUCUUCAUCCUUUAAAACUGGAGUUUAUAUGAUCCUACCACCUCAAUGAUACGGAUGAUAUUGGAGUGUUUGGUUGUUCUAGUUUACUUGAUUCGCGAAAAUAAGCUACUUUCUUUUGAGA